AUGCCCUUUUGCGAGAUUUCAAAGUAUCAGCAGGAUUCCCCUUCUCCCGCCGGCGCCGACGACAAUGGCGUCAAGAUUUUUUACCGGACAUACGGUCGGGGACCAACCAAAGUUCUCCUCAUCAUUGGUUUGGCGGGAACUCACGAUUCAUGGGGUCCUCAGAUAAAGAGCCUUGCCGGUACCGUCAUCGCCAAUAACGAAAUGGAACCGGUUGACCUUACCACCGCCGGCGACGGUAUUGAGGUUUGUGCUUUUGAUAAUCGUGGAAUGGGCCAGAGCUCCAUCCCCGUUGAACGAUCCCAAUAUACGACGACAAUCAUGGCGAAAGAUGCUAUUGCGUUAAUGGAUCAUUUAGGCUGGGAAAAAGCUCACGUCUUUGGGCACUCAAUGGGGGCUAUGAUAUCUUGCAAAUUGGCUGCGAUGGUGCCAAAUCGAGUCCUUUCGUUGGCAUUGCUUAACGCCACCGGUGGAGGAUUUGAAUGCUUACCAAAGCUUGACCGCCGAACAAUGUCAGUAGCAAUCCGAUUCUUGAAGGCAAAGACUCCAGAGCAAAGAGCUGCAGUUGAUCUGGACACCCAUUACACCAAGGAAUAUCUGGAUGAAUGUAUUGGCUCCAGCACUAGACGGCAGAUUCUGUAUCAAGAGUAUGUGAAAGGUAUAUCAUCUACUGGGAUGCAGAUGAAGUAUGGCUUUGAUGGUCAAAUCAAUGCAUGUUGGACACAUAGGGUGACGAAAUCAGAUGUAGAAGCAAUUCGGAGUGGUGGUUUCCUUGUGUCGGUCAUUCACGGCAGGUAUGACAUCAUUGCACAAAUAUAUUACGCAAGGAGACUCGCCGAGAAGUUGCAGCCAAUUGCUAGGAUGGUUGAUCUCCAUGGUGGCCAUCUAGUGAGUCAUGAGAGAACCGAAGAGGUAAACCAAGCUCUUGCCGAAUUGAUCAAGGCUACGCAGGCAGGAACCAGUCCCGAGGACUGGACGAACUUAGUCCAUGAAAGCUCCGGGUGGUUGCUGGGGAAGAAAUCAGCGGAUAGAAAAAAGAGCAAAGAAGGUUGGGCGGCCGAAUCUCGGUCAACAUCAUCUGGCAUCCUUACAACAAGACUAUAUUCUUCGCUUGUGUAUUUACUUAGUCUGUUUGUGUUGCUAUUUGAAUUCAUGAGGAAAGGUAAUAGAAGCCUAAGACCAGCCAAAGUUGGACCUACCCUCACGUAA